GUAGUGGCGCAGUCGCUUCCUUUCAUGGUAUGGCCAAAAUUCAAAAAAUUACUUACGAUUUAGUUAUUUGUUUGGUUUGCUGGUUUUGUAUUAUUUGUCUUUUAUAAGGUUUAGAAAUGCAGGAUCCGUACGCCGAUACCGAGUGGAACGAUGCAUUACGUAAAGCUGGAAUUUUGCCUGAAAAGCCACCCAUACGAACGCAAGAGACGGAAUCGGAACCUGUAUCGCUCACGCUCACUAAGGAUGGCACAAAGGAUUAUGCUACCAUGACGCUGGACGAGCUUGACGACUUCGAAGACGAUGAUCCAGAGUUUUUCGAGGAAUUUAAGAAGAAACGAAUGGCCGAAUGGAAGGAAAGUUUGAUCAAGAAGCGAUUUGGAGAAGUUUUAGAGAUCUCGGGUGUGGAUUACGUGAAAGAAAUCAAUAAUGCUGGAGAGGGCAUUUGGGUGGUUCUGCAUCUCUAUAAGCAAGGAUUUCCCCUUUGCGCAUUGAUAAAUCGUCAUAUAUCUGCACUAGCUCCGAAAUUCCCUGACGUGAAAUUUGUAAAGAGCAUUGCCACUACGUGCGUGCCAAAUUUUCCCGAUGCAAGCCUUCCGGCCAUUUUUAUCUACUUUGAAGGAGAUCUGAAGCGGCAAAUAGUUGGUCAGCUGGAGUUUGGUGGAUUGAAUCUUACUGAGCAAGGGCUUGAGUGGAUCCUCGCUCAGGAAGGAGUUUUGAAAACUGAAUUAACGAGCGAUCCACGGUUAACGGCUAACAACCGAUCGCGAAUCACAACAGUGCGGGGUCAAAAUCGUGCUGAUGAUUCCGAUGAUGAGUAAUUUCUUCUUGUAUGUGCUCCGUUUUUAAUUUCGUUUUUAUUGUUUUAUAAACGCAUAUAUUGUGAAAUCCGAUGUUAAAAAUUUAAGUGAUUUCUUUCACUUUUAUCGAAGAUUUCAGCUUUGUUCCUAUGAAGUCUUGUAGAAAACUUUUUUCUGGUGAUGAGUUCUGGCUGUUAGUUGCGCAGUUUGCGGUAAUUAUUGGGUUGUACAACAUGGGCAUACUAGA